CUGUUGCUGCAGAACAUGCACAUACCGACAGCCAUCCCUGCGGGCACAGCUGCAACGGCGCGCAGCAAGUCACUUUUCCCCUCCAAUCAAUGCGCAAGAAGAGAAGAGCCAGGUGUGAUAUUGCGUUUAGGUCUGAGUGCCCCGUGCUCCAGUGUCUAUUGGUCAGCGACAGCCACGCCCACCUUGGGAUCUGCCUUGGGGUCGGAUGUGGAAGCUCCAGGGUCAGAACUGCUCAGCACACUGGGGCGCGGUGCAUAUCCUCUUGCCUUGAAUGUGGGUCUAGCUUCCAUUCGCAUCGUUGCCAUGUGGGACAGAACUGUACGUCUGCUCCUGCCCUUGCACUGCCUGCUGGCCUUCUCUGCUGCUAUAUCCCGCCGUGAGCUCUUCCCCUAUGGGGAACUGAAGGGAGAUGUGCUCCUGCAGGAGGGGGACGAUGAGACUUCUGAGGUGGUGAAACUCUCCCAACCGCUGCUCUUCUAUGAAGCCCAGUUCAGCAAUUUAUAUGUAGGGACCAAUGGAAUUAUUUCCACUCAGGACUUCCCCAGAGAAACUCAGUAUGUGGAUGAUGGCUUCCCUACAGACUUCCCUGUGAUUGCUCCAUUCUUGUCAGAUAUAGAUACCAGCAAUGGCAAAGGAAAGAUUUUUUAUCGGCAGGACAAUUCUGAACCAGUUCUCAAUCAUGCAGCCAGAGAGAUCCAAAGGGGUUUUCCAGAAGCUACAUUUAUUCCUAAUCAUGCCUUCCUUGUGACUUGGGAGAAUGUCGGGACCUAUGAGGAGGUGACCCGUCACUCUGCAUCGUCCGAUAGGAGAAACACGUUCCAGGCGGUACUAGCAUAUGAUCAUUCUGAUGCUUACGCUAUAUUCCUUUAUCCUGAAGAUGGACUCCAGUUUUUUGGAACUCGCCCUAAAGAAUCCUACAAUGUGCACAUUGAGCUCCCUGCCAGAGUGGGCUUUAGCCGAUCAGAAGCAGGACCUUACUACAGUGUAACAAGUAAUGAACAGUCGGUGAAGAAUCUGUAUCAAACAGGCAACGUUGGUGUCCCAGGAAUUUGGGUCUUUCACAUUGGCAGCAUUUGGGAGUUAGACAAUGUCAUUCCAGCAAAAUUCUUUGGUGCUCCCGCAAAUGAACAAUCACUUGAAAAUUCACAUACAAGUUUCCCAGAACACAGAUUAUUUGAAAAUCAUGAAAAUGAAGACAGUAUUGAUUACCCAGAGUCCUUUUAUGAGGAGAGCGAAGAUGAGCUGGAAGAUAAUACAAGUGAUGCCACACCAACACAUGAAACACAUCAAGAAGGUGAUUCAAAUACUGGAAAUCAGGGAUACUUAGACAUAGAUGAUCAAGCUUCCAAACUGACCCAUGCAGAAGAUGAACAGAAAGCUACAUCAUCUGCUGUGCUUUCGUCUUCACAUCAGAAUCCUAACUGGACACCUUACACACCCAGUGAAUCAGAGACUGACAGAGAUGGACCAUUACAGGAACCUCAAAUUCAGACAGGGGAGAAUCUAGAUUUGACUAGGGAAGACACAUUAUUGACUGAUGAUCUGCCGUCCCAUAAUGCUCCUGAUUCAAUACCAUCAAAUUCUGAAGAUCUCCCAAUAUAUCCUGAAAGUGCAGUUCUUGUGGGCAGUCACCCAGAACAGGAAAAUAAUUUUGAAAGAGGGCGGCAGACUGAUGCUGAUCCUGGACUUCAAACUGAUGUGUUUUCCUUUAAACCUGCGGGCAAGGAGACUUGUGAGAGGAACCACGGGAGGUGUUCUAGGUUUGCUUUUUGUGCCGAUUACUCUACUGGCUUCUGCUGUCACUGCCAGGAAGAUUAUUAUGGAAAUGGAGUCCAUUGUUUGCCAAGAGGAGCUCCACAUCGCGUGAAUGGCAAAGUGAGCGGAAACAUCCUGGUUGGUCAAACACCUGUUAACUUCAUUGAUGCAGACUUACACGCAUACAUUGUGGCAAAUGAUGGGAGAGCUUACACAGCUAUCAGUAACGUUCCAGACCCUGCAUCCUGGUCCUUGACUCCUCUUGCUCCAAUUGGGGGACUCUUUGGCUGGCUUUUUGCUUUGGAAAAACCAGGCUUUCAGAAUGGUUUUAGCUUUACUGGUGCCAAGUUUGUACACAACAUUGAUGUCACAUUUUACCCUGGAGAAGAAGCCAUUCAUAUUACUCAAACAGCAAAUGGCUUUGAUUCUGAGGGUUACAUGAAUGUAAAGACAGCAAUUCAGGGUAAAAUUCCUUAUAUCCCAGAGACAUCGACCAUCAAGCUUUCUCCGUAUACUGAACUGUACCAAUACUCCGGCUCAGUCGUAACUUCAACAGCCUACAGAGAAUACACAGUCCUCUCAGAAUCAAACGAAGAACAAAAACUAUCUUACCGGUUACGGCAAAAUGUCACUUACCAAGAAUGCAGUCAUUCCCAGAAACAGUCUGUUAGUGCUCAGAAGCUCUACGUUGAUCGUGUCUUUGCCCUUUACAAUAAAGAGGAGAAGGUGCUUCGUUAUGCAAUUACAAAUUACAUUGGAUCUGUGCAUGAUUCGACUGGAGAGGAAGACCUCAAAGUUAACCCAUGCUAUGAUGGUACCCACUUGUGUGACACAAGAGCCAAAUGCCAGCCUGGCAGUGGUCUAGAAUACAUUUGUGUUUGUGCAUCUGGAUACCAAGGAGAUGGGAGAGAUUGCACUGAUGUAAAUGAAUGUGAAGUUGGCUUUACCCGGUGUGGCCAGAACACAGUUUGUGUCAACCUCCAGGGGAGUUACCGUUGUGAGUGCGCCAGUGGUUUCACUUUAUCUGGAGAUGAGCACAACUGCAUCUUGGCUUCUUCAAUAAACCCAUGUGAAGAUGGAAGGCAUAUGUGUAACAGAGAUACAUCCCGCUGUGUUCCCCAUGGAGAUGGCGUUUACACGUGUCAAUGUUUCCCUGGAUUUAUUAUGAGUGGAGAGAAGUGUGUUGAUGUCGAUGAAUGCACUGAGCACAGAUGUCAUCCAGAUGCCUCAUGCACCAACACCCUGGGCUCUUUCUCCUGUCGGUGUAAUAGCGGUUAUGAGGGAGAUGGCUUCCAGUGUACUCAGAUCUUAGAUCCUGAGCCCCUGAGGACUCCUUGCUUAGAAAAGCGCCAGCAGUUGCUUGGACAGCUGCACCCAAGAGGCCCUCGUCCAGUCGUGGGACAGUUUGUUCCAGAGUGUGAUGCAGAGGGCAAUUAUGUUCCAUUACAGUGUCAUGGCAGCACUGGACAUUGUUGGUGUGUGGACAAAUUAGGUGAAGAGGUUGCUGAAACAAGAACACCACCAGGCAGGCCAUCCCCAAAUUGUGGUGACAAAGGUCCUGAGCCCCUGAGGACUCCUUGCUUAGAAAAGCGCCAGCAGUUGCUUGGACAGUUGCACCCAAGGGGCUCUCGUCCAGUCGUGGGACAGUUUGUACCAGAGUGUGAUGCAGAGGGCAAUUAUGUUCCAUUACAGUGUCAUGGCAGCACUGGCCAUUGUUGGUGUGUGGAUAAAUUAGGGGAAGAGAUUGCUGGAACAAGAACACAACCAGGCAGGACAUCCCCAAAUUGUGCAGACAAAGGUCCUGAGCCCCUGAGGACCCCUUGCUUAGAAAAGCGCCAGCAGUUGCUUGGCCAAUUGCACUCAAGAGGCCCUCAUCCAAUCGUGGGACAAUUUGUUCCAGAGUGUGAUGUAGAGGGCAAUUAUGUUCCGUUACAGUGUCAUGGCAGCACUGGACAUUGUUGGUGUGUGGACAAAUUAGGUGAAGAGGUUGCUGGAACAAGAACUCCACCAGGCAGGCCAUCCCCAAAUUGCGGUGAUACAGCAGAGCCCACUCAGAGACCUCAGACAGUAUGUGAGAGGUGGAAGCAGAGUCUUAUUGAGCAUUAUGGUGGGAAACCAAGCGGAGAACAUUAUGUGCCUCAGUGUGAUCAAUACGGUGACUUCAGCCCUCUCCAGUGCCAUGGAAACAGUGGCUAUUGCUGGUGUGUGGAUAAAGAAGGCAGAGAAAUUGAAGGAUCUAGAACAGAACCUGGAAUGACACCGGCAUGUAUACCCACAGUGGCACCUCCAACCAUGCACCCAACUCCGCGUCCUGAUGUGACCCCUCCUGCAACAGGCACCUUCCUCUUGUAUGCUCAGGGUCAGCAGAUUGGAUACUUACCUCUCAACGGCACAAGGCUCCAUAAGGAUAAAGCCAGGACACUGCUGUCCCUUCAUGGUUCUAUUGUGGUUGGGAUCGAUUAUGACUGCCACGAGAAAAUGGUUUACUGGACGGAUGUUGCAGGCCGUACAAUCAACCGGGCAAGCUUAGAACCAGGCGCAGAAGCAGAAAUUAUUAUUAACACAGGGUUGAUGAGCACAGAGGGUUUAGCCAUUGACUACCUUCGGAGGACACUGUUUUGGACCGACAGCGGCCUAGAUAAGAUUGAGAGUUCUCGCUUGGAUGGUACAGAGAGGAAGAUUCUGUUUGACACACAGCUUGUCAACCCCCGAGCCAUCACUGUGGAUGCAGUGAGAGGGAACCUGUAUUGGACAGACUGGAACAGAGAGGCUCCAAAGAUUGAAUCGUCCUUUGUAGAUGGAUCAAACAGGAGGAUUCUGGUUAAUGACAACAUUGGCCUUCCCAACGGUUUAACCUUUGACCCCUUCUCCAAACAAGUCUGUUGGGCUGAUGCAGGAACCAAGAAGCUAGAAUGCAUUUUGUCAGAUGGAACUGGCCGACGGGUCAUACAGAGUAACCUGAAUUAUCCUUUCAGUGUUGUUGCAUAUGCAAAUCACUUCUACCACACAGACUGGAGGAGGGAUGGGGUAAUAUCUAUUAAGAAGGACACUGGGCACAUUGUAGAAGAAUACCUUCCUGAGCAGAGAUCUCAUCUCUAUGGAAUAACAGCCGUGUAUCCAUACUGCCCUUCAGGGAGAAAGUGAAAAGUGGAAAAGAAUUUUGAUGGAAGAUCUUCCCCUUGCUGCAGUUAAAGGGAUGGCAAAGAAUCAGCACAAAUACUACUUGGAAACUGCAAAGAAAAAGCUUUAUUUUCAUGCAAAAAGCCAACAAAUAUAGUUUGUAAAGUUUUUUUUUACCUCAAUUUUUUUACUACUGUAUUUUUAAAGAAAUUUUACCUGUAAAAAAAAAAAAAAAAACCUAAGCAUGUUGGGCCUGCUUGGCACCAAAAAGACGUGCCACGUGUACAGAGAUUGCACAUGCCACAGAUUUUUAAAAAAUAUUUUUAACUUGUUUAAUAUUUGUAACUUGAGUUUUUUCAAUGGUGCAUUUUUAUAUAUUUUCCUUUUCCAAUGUAGCUUCUAAUACUCUUAUCAAACCACAUUACUGUAUACUGUGAACAGAUAUGGCUUUGAACUGCAUCCAUCACAACAAGCUGUUUAGUACAUUUGUGAAAUAUCGGGAACUUUUUGUGCCAUAAAAAAGAAAAAAAAAUCUUCACAGAUAAGUUCAAUAAAUCCAUUUCCUUUUCUGUA